AUGGACACGCCAGGGUUCGUCCUGCAAGAUGUCUACCACUCCGCAAGAGAUGUCGUCAGAAUCGAACGACCACUCGCUACCCCGUUGACGCUGCCUGACAACUUCGGGUGUGUUCUUCCCGGCGUUUUCAGAAGUGCAUUUCCUCAAACGCAGGACUAUGCGUUCCUUCGCGGCCUCAAGCUCAAGACGAUUGUCACCCUCGUCAAUAAGGACUUACCGGAAGGAUUCGCAGCUUUCAUGAAGGGCAGCGGUAUCAAGCACCAAAUCUUCAGCAUGGAGGGAACGAAGAAAGCAGAUAUCCCACUGUCGAUGAUGCUGAAUAUCGUCAGUUUGGUGACGGACCGAAGAAACUGCCCCCUUCUCAUCCACUGUAAUCAUGGCAGACACAGAACCGGUUGCGCUGUCGCCGUUGUUCGCAAAUUCAACGGUUGGGACACGGCAUCUAUCCUCAAUGAGUACGCCAAGUAUGCCGCACCGAAGCCCAGAGAGGCUGACGUGGCUUACAUCAGCAAUUUCAAGCUGAAGAAUCUGCGACAUGUUGUUGCCCGGAAGGUCAAGGAGCCGGAGAUGGGCUUCAGACACUUUUUGUUCCUGUUCUCGAUCACGAUUUUUGGCAUUUUCAUCUGGCUGGUAACCCUCAAGAACCUGAAGAUCCGCCAAGCUCGCAAGGAGGAGUCUUGA